UGAGAGCACCCCCAGCUUCUCGUGGCGCUUGGCAUGGUUUUUGUCGAUGCUUUUUUAUUGACUCUUCAUUCUUCAACUCCUUCUCCCCUCCGUUCACGGCCAGCCGAAAAGAAGAAGAAAAAAAUCCCAUGACAAGAACCUCGGCUAUCCAUCGCCAUUCUAUCUAAUGGCGGCAUGCCUUGACACGUAUGGUGGGAAACUUCUUUGUUCGCUGCAGGCUGUAGGUGCGGGGUUAGUUGGGUUGUGGCAUGGAUGGCGUGUGCUUGGUGCGACCUAUAAGCUGCUUAAGAAGCAAGGCAUGGCGCCCUGUUGUCGUGGACCAAUUGCUGUGGUCGACCACGUCGCUCUUGCAAUAAAAAAGGAAGUAAACGCAGGGGAAAGUGCAGUGGCCUGCGUCCUUUCUGGUUUCCUAGAAAGCCUGUCCUGUUCCAGCCGCAUUGCGCGAAUCUUUUUGCCACCCCGACAGCUACUUGGGUCGGGUCCCUCCUCGAGAGUUAUGUCUCGAUGAGCAACGUUGGGCAAGCCACGCCACCGCCUGAGGACAACGGCCAAAACGAAAAACGUCACCUCCGACAAAUGACUGAUUGCGCUCAAAUCAGAUAAAGGAUCCAUAUGAAGAGCCUGCUCAGCUUUUGUGCCAUUGCGCCAAACACAAAAGGCAAGAAGAGACGGAGAGGGGAAAGGAGGGUGGAGAGAGAGCCUUGUUGCAACAAGCGAAGCGACCAAACGAAUAAUUGGGUCCUCCAACCUCGGCAACACCCACCACGGGCAUAACCCAACCACCACACCACCGUCGCCGCCGCCGCCGCCGCCGCGACAGAGACGCCAUGGAGAUGGACUCGCAUCAGCGCCGGCUAGACGAGCUGAACAGCAGCCUCCUGGAGGCCAUGCUGCAGGACGACGCCGGGGUCGGCCGCGAGGCAGCCAUCGAGGCCGUCCGGGGCUGCUCGGCCCGGCUGGACGCCAUGCUGGCGUCGGGGCCGGAGAGCCACGUGCUCCUCCGCCACUCGUACAUCGCGCGCAGCCUCCGCCGGGACUGCGACGCCGAGCUGGCGUGCCUCACCACCGGGGUCCGGGGCACCAGGGGCCGCUUCCGCCACAUCAUCGGCCAGAUGGAGGUGCUCGAGUCGUGCCUCGAGCCCUCGCACCGCAAGACGGGAGACUACUCCUGGCCCGUCGCGGAGGCUCCUCUCGCCGACGCCGCCGGCGUCGUCAGCCUCGCGGCGAUGGCAGGGACCUGCAGGGACGUUGAUUAUGACGUCAUCGGAUCUGAUUUGGUCCUCGACGAUACCGAUGCUGUCGACGAUGAGACGACCCCGCGCGCAGAAGCGGCAGAACCUGUCCCCAAGGACGCAAACGCCCCUACCGACGCUCCAGAGCCAACACUAGAGUCUUCAGCACAAACAAACACCGUCCCAGAAUCCCCAGAAACCAUCUCAGAACCUACAGACCACACCACAGAGCCCACCAGCACAGAUGAGAUUUGCGACACAGCCUCAGUUUCCAGCUACGCCGACUCGGUCCGCUCGCUGGGCGCCGAGACGGCCCACGGAGACGAGCUCAGCACCGCGCCGACGAGCCCGACAAACAGCCACAGCGGCGUCAUGGAGGCGAAGGAGGGCGGCCCGACAAGCCGGCCCAACAAGAGCGAGGAGACGCUCGCCCAGGAGAGGAUCCGCGAAGGGUCCCCGAGGAGCAGCGCGGAACGCGGCCGGCCCAGGCAGCGUUCGCUCGCGUCCGCCCGGGACAGCGGGUUCGCCGAUAAGAUCUUUGACGACGACGACGACGUGGUCAUCGCCAAAAACGACCUCGACCGCACCGUUGUGUCGGGCGACGACCUGCACCCGGAGCCCUCGAAAGAGAAGGCGGCGGACGGCGGCAGCAGCCCAGAUCCACCGGCCACACCGCCGGCGCCGGCGUUUGCCAGGUCCUCGAGCGCCCUGGCGCUGGCAGAGACGGCGUCGGUCGCCAGCAGCCGCAGGACCAGGGCCGGGGCCGCGGCCGAGGCGUUCGACUCGCUGAUCUCGAGGACGAAGAAGGCGCUGGGCUCGCCCAAGUCCAAGGGGGACGCGGUCCGGGCCGAGCGGCCGAAGAGCUUUAGGGGCAUGGCCAAGAAGUUGAUGCAUAUCGGGAAAGCUCAAGGGUGCCCGGUUGGAGGCGGGAAGUAGUAGAAUGCACCGGGCCGGCGGGCAGCAGCGUGGCUUGGCGUUUAAAGGACCGUGUUUUUUUGAUGGCGUUAAUAUUGUGUUAUUAGCAGGGUGAGCGCAUUACAUUUGGGCUUUGCGGAAUGUUUUUAUACCUCCAACAGGACCACGCGUAUUUGGACGUCUGGAUGGUUAUGUACUGGUGUAAAUAGAAGUACGGUCGCUCGUUCAAGGAAACAUACAUGUCACAUCGACAAUUCAAACCCAUGUGCAAGUAAAAAGAUAGGAUGGUAUUAGGUAUUCCCCCA